AUGUCUGAAAUGUCUUCCGAAUCCAUCUGCAACUUCUGAGACAUUUUAUUCCGUCUGGAAUUUUAGCUAAUACAUUGCUAGAAAAGCUUCGUAAAGGCUUAGUUCGCGGGGAAAAUAAUGAUGGCUUCUUUCUGCGUUAUUGAUCCAAAAGCCAUGGCAGCCGGCUAGAUCGCAAUUGAUGUCUGCAGCGCUAAAAAUGGUCUUUUCUCGCGUUUUUUGUGCAUUUCGAUUAUGUUAUAAAUUUCUUGUACAGUAGACAAUGUUUAUUUACCGCAAAUAUUCUACAUGGCUUUUAUGCAGUUUAUUAGGACUCGUUUACACACAAGUUCCACCGAAGCUUGCCCCUCUUCCACGAGAACUGGAGUUCAAGAGAGGAGAACGUUUCCAACUCGUCUGUUCCUGUCGUGAAGGUGAACCUCCCCUUACUUUCAGCUGGGUCCGGGACGGGCAAACUUUGGUCGAGAGCAUCGAAGUGCAAGUGCGACGUUUUGACGAAUUCUCAUCUUCCAUCACGAUAUCGGCCUUGAGAGAGGAUCACGCCGGGAACUAUACUUGCAUCGUUUCCAACCAGGGUGGAAGUGACAGUUCCACAGUCAAGCUAAGAGUACUCGUUGCGCCUACGUGGUUGCGUCAGCCGUAUGACAUGUCAGUGCUGUCGGGGGCUCGAGUGACUCUGAACUGCGAGACGGCCGGAAUACCUAAGCCCACAGUUACUUGGAGAAGAAGUAAAGGUUUCAACUUACAGCAAAUGGAAACACUGACCGUCACCCACUGGCGGACAGGAGAAGAUGGUAGUUUGACUACAUCUAGCGCCAAAAAAGAAGACGAAGGCUUUUAUUCGUGUGAAGUCGCCAAUGGUGUCGGCGAAGGACUUCGGAAAACUGUCAGAAUUGAGGUCCAAGUUCCUCCUAGCGUGACUGUGAUGGAAGCAGAGAAGACAGUUAAAAAAGGAGACUCCACUACACUAAGAUGUGACGUAACUGGAGAUAUCCCUUUGACAAUCACAUGGGGUAAAGCCAAUAAAAAUUUACCUCUCAUCAGCGAAGAUAGAAUAAGAUUCCAAGAAGACAGUACAUUAGAAAACUCAAGUUCAUCAGUCAUUAUUCGCAAUACGGCAGCAGAAGACACAGGCCUUUAUAUUUGUUCAGCAAGAAAUACAUUUGGGCAAAGCCAAGCUACUAUAAGAUUAAAAGUUGUCGAACAACCAAGCACUCCUCUGGACUUUCGAGUUUCGGAAAUCUGGUGUAAGAGCGUGAGAUUAAGAUGGAAAGAGCCUUACAACGGCAACAGCCCUUUGACAAAUUAUAUCAUCCGAUAUAAAGUAAAAGAUUCAAAGACCAAGCCCACAGAAACGAAAGUUCCAGACUCUCAGAGCUUUGUGAUAAUUCGGGAUCUUCGCCCACGUUUUACCUACAGCUUCCAAGUCUUGGCAGUGAACGAAGUGGGCGCCAGCGGUGCCUCCUCCACGGUGCACGCCACCACCCGAGAGGAAGAGCCGGAGGCUGCCCCAACCAAUGUGCACGUAAAAAGCAAAGAUUCGGCGGGUUUUCUGCUAUCAUGGAAGGCUCCGCCCGUCGAAAAAUGGAAUGGGGACCUUAUAGGUUUUUCCAUCGGCUACAAGCGUGUAUCUCAUGGUUCGACGCAGUCUCUUCCCUUCACCUACAAGGUCCUUCCUGUAUUCCUUUCUCUCUCUAAUCCAGGGCUAGAAGCAAGUGCUUCUAGGGAAUACCAUGUUCGGGGUCUUCAGGAGUCUUCCAGCUACACCGUUGUUGUGCAGGCCAUGACUAGGGCUGGCUUUGGACCACCUUCCGAGCCAGUGCUUGUCAAGACGUCAUAUGGAGAGUCCCCCCAAGUUCCUACCAUUAGCCUCAUCUCCACUGAACAGACGGUGAUAACACUGAGAAUUGAACCUACAGGCCGGAAAAAGACCGCACCUACACAAUAUACGCUUCACAUUCGCGAGGGCAGUAGUCACUGGCUGAAGAUCCCUUUGACCCCUCACAAUAAAGAGUACAAAGUCGGAGGUCUCUUGGCUGGUGGUCAGUACAAAUUAUAUGUGACCGCAAGGAACAAUUAUGGAGACAGUGGUCCAUCUGAAGUAGUCACGUUUCGUACUGAUCCUGAAAGUACGAGCAGCUCCAUGUUUCAGUAUGAGGAAGAAGAUUUAGCCAUCCCAUUUUAUCAAAAAUUGUCAUUUAUUAUUCCGGUAGCAGUGUCUAUGACGAUUAUUUUUGUUGUUCCCAUUGCCGCCUGUUGCUGCUUGAGAAAACUGAAUAGUUUGCAAGCUCCAAGACCGGAAGGCGUGGAAUCCCGCGGAUUUACAUACACCGCAUCAGGGUCUGCCGAAUGCACUUCAGGUUCUGCUCCAAGACCUCGUUCUCUACCUCCUCAGCCGGCUCCUUCAUCUUCUUCAUCGUCUGGGCAUUACUCCACAUUGCAGAACUACGGUAGCGUGAUCCCAGCAAACGAUCCCAGGUUCAGCCAUUUUAUGUUGGAGAACAAAUUAGCUAGCCAAGUCGUUAAUUUACCGUCAAAGCAUCCCAAUUGUUAAAUAGGAAUGUGAUCAUCCGGCCUUUAACAGGCCACAAACGUUCAAGUGUGAAAUGAAUCUUUUCAUUUAUGUGCCAGUUAAAUAUUUAAUAUGUGUAAGAAGUUUCUUCGAAACCAGAAGAAAUUAAUGAUCAAGCCUUUGAAAAUGAAAUAUAGGGUACAAACAUAUUUUAUACGUCUUGAUGUGAUUGCUGCUGAAAAGCCACUGUAAAUGCUCUCAUUGAGAAGCGAAUAUCUUGUAUGUAGUCGAAGAUACUAUGAAUAACUCGCGUAAAUGGUUUUAUUUUUAUCACUGGCUCAUAGAUUAGUCAUAAAUUCCUCAUCCCUUAUAAUAGUUGA